AUGCUGAGGAAGGCUAUCGCCGCGUCCGGCGGCCUCGGAAUGAUGGGAGCGGGGUGUGUGUACCUGCUGAAGGUGAACUUUCACAAAAAUAUGAUUGAUGGAGAUGUGGAGUACAAGUACAGCUCUGUGAGCAGUCGUAGCGAAAUGAUAAACCGCCUGAAGAAGAACCAAUACGAUGUGUUAAUAAUAGGAGGAGGCGCCACUGGCGCGGGAUUAGCCCUAGACUGCGCCACGAGGGGAAUCAAGUGUGCCCUAAUAGACAAGGGGGACUUCUCAAGUGGUACGUCCUCUAAGUCAACCAAAUUAUUACAUGGAGGAAUACGGUAUCUAGAAAAUGCAGUAAAAAAUUUUGAUCUCACAGAGUUAUAUUUUGUAUGGGAAGCAUUAGGAGAAAGAGCUCAUGCUAUGAAGAUCGCCCCAUUCAUGUCUAGGUCAGUACCAAUUAUAAUGCCUAUUUACAAAUACUGGCAGGUUCCCUACUUCGCAUAUAACAUAAAGGUAUACGAUCUUUUGGCGGACUUAGUGUGCUACUUCGACAAGGGGGUUCCUAACUCAAGUUACAUCAGGCAUUCCAACACAGUUGAUGGUUUCCCCCUGCUGAAGAAGGAACAACUGAAAGGAUCACUAGUGUAUUACGAUGGGCAGCAUAAUGAUAGCCGUAUGAAUCUGAACCUGAUUCUGACGAGCGCUAUGGAGAAUUAUAUCCCCGGACAAGUGGGAGCCACUGUGUGUAAUCAUAUGGAAGUGGUAGGCUUCAUAAAGGAUGAUGAUGGAAAGAAAAUCGUUGGAGUGAGAGCAGUAGACCGAAUUAGCAAUAAAGAAAUCGAAAUAUUUGCUAAGGUUAUCGUGAAUGCUACAGGACCACAUGGAGAUGUGGUGAGAAAACUGGCAGAUGAAACUGUCACCCCAGUUAUACAGACCUCCUCAGGAUGCCAUUUCAUCCUCCCUAAAUGGUAUUCCUCCAAAAAUAAUGGAAUGAUCAUACCUAAGACAAGUGACGGGAGAGUCCUUUUUUUGUUACCUUGGGAAAAUGCUACCAUAGUUGGAACUACUGAUGAGCAGAGACAACUAGAAGAGAACCCACAGAUUCAAAAAAAAGACACGGACUUUUUAGCUAGCGAAUUAUCUAAAUACAUAAACGUAGAUGCAGAUGAAAUUAAAAAUGAUAUAAAAGCUGCUUGGUGUGGAUUCAGACCACUAGUUAUGGAUACCAAGGCAAAAAAAAAAGCUUCCACUAAGAAGACCACUUCGAAAAGUCAAGCUAAAGGAGACAACCAAACUACCAACACAGAAGCUAUAACAACACACAAAAUUUCGAGAAGUCAUGAAAUUAUUGAAGAUGACAAUGGGCUUAUCAGCAUUUUAGGAGGAAAAUGGACUAUAUAUAGGAAGAUGGCUCAGGAUACUGUAGACUACAUAUCGAAGAAACACUGCGAUAAGGUUAAAACUAAGUAUAACUGCAGGACGAAGUUUUUGAUGCUUGUUGGUAGUCAUGACGAACAGGGAAAACACAACAUGGAUGAUUUAACUUAUGGUAGUAGUAAGCUGAGCAAAAAACUGGUUCAAAAAUAUAGCAAAAUUGAUUACGACACUGCUCAUCACCUCGUGUCCAACUAUGGAUACUUGGCAGAGAAGGUAUGCGAACUAGCUACGGAGCUGAAUCUAUUCAACAAAAUUGAUGCGUCGAAACCGUAUAUCGAAGCGGAAGUGGUCUAUGCCAGUAGAUACGAAUUCGCUUCCACCAUUUCGGAUAUCAUUGGGAGAAGGUUCCGACUAGGGUUCGUCGACUCCGCUGUGUCCGGUAAGGUCAUCUCCAAAAUUGCCAGCCUCAUGAAGGACGAGUUGAGUUGGAGCCGCGACCAAAUGAACAGGAAUAUCGAGGACGCCAAGCUCUACGUCCGAUCGCUCUCCCUG